GAACAAAACAAAUUGAUUCCAAGACGAUCAUUUGGGAAAGCGGAGUGAAAGGAACAAGGAUGGAAACGCAUACAUUUCAUCAUGUAGAACCUUCACAAUCACAAGCACAUGUUGUUUUGGUGCAAGAUGUACAAAAUGCACAAGCUGUACUAGAGGAUGUCAAACGAGGUGGAGAAAAGUUUGGUGAAAUGCCAAUGGCUUUAAUCGAUGCAAAGAUGAUCUGUAGUUCUUCGCAUUUGCUCGUUUCCAUACAUCAAGCCAUACUACGGAAUGCCAGGAAAAUAGACGGAAAGACUACAGGACUACGGACAAAAUCAAUUCAUUCAGAGGUCCUUUGGAACUUGAGUAUAACGAAUAAUAUUGCCGAAACAUUCCGCAUAUUUGGAUUGUCGGAUACGACAAAGGAUCUGUUGCUAAUCCAUAUCGCCCACUCACCCGAACAAGGAGGGCCACGAGCAAAGGAUGUCUUGCAAAAGAUGCAAUCGAUUGUGGAGGGUGAUAUUACACAGGAAGGAUUAUCGGUGUUGGACUCUUGGCAAGGGGAUGAAUCAGAGCAGAGAAUGAUAGAUUGGGAUGCGAUCUGCAAAGCAUACAAGUUGGGCGAUAUGACCGUAUCCCACAACGAUAUUGAUGACAGCACAAUCGAUCAAGUAGACGUCGAACAGACUAUUAGAAAGCGAAUCGAUUCAAUCGUUACCAGUCUGGUUGCGAUGAAAUUUGUUGCUUCCUGAAACAGACCGCAAUGUACACUAAAACUCUCAUAGGGCUGAAUAGGUUGUUAUAUGCAAUUAUUGUACAAUGAUGAAUGUGCUUAGAUGAUAUUCGGGUAU